GCGUCCCCGCCGCCGCGCGCUUUCCCAGCUCCGCGAGGAGAGCUGAGCCGGGCGGCGCGGCGCGCUAAGGCAGCCAAGCAGCGCCCGCCCGCGCCCUCCAAAAGCCAGAUGAUGGAGGAGCGCGCCAACCUGAUGCACAUGAUGAAACUCAGCAUCAAAGUCUUGCUGCAGUCUGCCCUGAGCCUGGGCCGCAGCCUGGACGCGGACCACGCCCCCUUGCAGCAGUUCUUUGUGGUGAUGGAGCACUGCCUCAGACACGGUCUGAAAGUUAAGAAGAGUUUUAUUGGCCAAAAUAAGUCUUUCUUUGGUCCUUUGGAGCUGGUGGAGAAACUUUGUCCAGAAGCCUCAGAUAUAGCUACUAGUGUCAGAAAUCUGCCAGAAUUAAAGACUGCAGUGGGGAGAGGCCGAGCUUGGCUCUAUCUGGCCCUCAUGCAAAAGAAGCUGGCAGAUUAUCUGAAGGUGCUGAUAGACAAUAAGCAUCUCUUAAGCGAGUUCUACGAGCCUGAGGCGCUGCUCAUGGAGGAAGAAGGGUCGGUGCUCGUCGGGCUGCUGGUGGGACUCAAUGUCCUCGAUGCCAACCUCUGCCUAAAAGGGGAAGACUUGGAUUCCCAGGUUGGAGUAAUCGAUUUCUCCCUCUACCUUAAGGAUGUACAGGAUCUUGAUGGUAGCAAAGAGCACGAGAGGAUCACUGACGUCCUUGAUCAGAAGAACUACGUGGAAGAGCUCAACCGGCACUUGAGCUGCACCGUUGGGGAUCUUCAGACCAAGAUCGAUGGCUUGGAGAAGAUGAACUCAAAGCUUCAAGAAGAGCUUUCAGCUGCAACAGACAGGAUCUGUUCGCUUCAGGAAGAACAGCAGCAGCUGAGAGAACAGAACGAGUUGAUUCGGGAGCGGAGUGAGAAGCACGUGGAGAUAACCAAACAGGACACCAAAGUUGAGCUGGAGACGUACAAGCAGACCCGGCAGGGGCUGGACGAGAUGUACAGCGACGUGUGGAAGCAGCUGAAGGAGGAGAAGAAAGUGCGGCUGGAACUAGAAAAAGAACUGGAAUUACAAAUCGGAAUGAAAACUGAAAUGGAAAUCGCCAUGAAGUUACUAGAAAAGGACACCCACGAGAAGCAGGACACGCUCAUCGCCCUGCGCCAGCAGCUGGAAGAGGUCAAAGCGAUCAAUCUGCAGAUGUUCCACAAAGUCCAGAAUGCAGAGAGCAGUUUACAACAGAAGAACGAAGCCAUCACAUCCUUUGAGGGCAAGACCAGUCAAGUUCUGUCCAGCAUGAAAGAGAUGGAGGAACGGUUACAGCACUCGGAGAGGGCAAGACAGGGCGCGGAGGAGCGGAGCCACAAGCUGCAGCAGGAGCUCGGUGGCCGGGUCGGCGCCCUGCAGCGGCAGCUGUCACAGCUGCAUGAGCAGUGUUCAAGUUUAGAGAAAGAGCUGAAAUCAGAAAAAGAGCAAAGACAGGCUCUUCAGCGAGAACUACAACAUGAGAAAGAUACCUCCUCUCUGCUCCGGACAGAGCUACAGCAAGUCGAGGGACUAAAGAAGGAGCUGCGGGAGCUCCAGGAGGAGAAGACAGAGUUACAGAAGGUCUGUGGCGAGCAAGAGCAAGCGCUCCAGGAAAUGGGCCUGCACCUCAGCCAGUCCAAGCUGAAGAUGGAAGACAUAAAAGAAGUAAACAAGGCCCUGAAGGGUCACACCUGGCUGAAAGACGACGAAGCAACGCACUGCAAGCAGUGUGAAAAGGAGUUCUCCAUAUCCCGGAGAAAGCACCACUGCCGAAACUGUGGCCACAUCUUCUGCAACACCUGCUCCAGCAAUGAGCUGGCCCUGCCCUCCUACCCGAAGCCGGUGCGGGUGUGCGACAGCUGCCACACCCUCCUGCUGCAGCGCUGUUCCUCUACUGCCUCCUGAGGCCGCCCUCCUGGCCACCGCUGCCGGUCCACAGGGCAGCCUCUAGUACCGUGCCAAACUCUGGGUCUCCGGGCUCACCAGGGCAUGCGGGGGACAUGCUUCCACAUGGCCAAGUGGACUCAGCCCUGCCGGCCCCAGCGCCCGGGAAGCCCAGUGGGUGGGCAGCGCCUCCCGUGCCUGCGGGAGCUCGCCCUUGGCUGCACUGCCCCCUCGCUUGGGUACAGCACUGGCUCCGAUCCAGAUGUGACUUCCUGGUUUUGCUACUACCACUUUUCACUUUUCAGAGAAUAAACCUAUUUUGCAGCAGGUGAACUAGCUUAAGAAUCAGGUUUUCUCUUCCCCACCGUGUGUCACAACUUGCACAUCAGGUCUGUUGGGGCCUUUUGUGCCUUAAGAGGCAAGAGAUCUGACCUUCCCUCGAGGGAAGGGCUCCCUCCUCCAGCCCUCCACCCAGAAAUAAAUGCCUUUAUUUUCA